GUCACAUGAAUGAUUUGUUUUGGUCGUGACAGAAAUGGACCUUUAAAUUAACAUGUAGCUAGCUUACACUACUGCCUUAACGUUACAUGUUGGUGAAAUCAUCGGGUCAACAAAACAUAAAUCUCAAAUCAUCUGACAAACUCCAUAAAUAGGACGAUAUUUCAUCACACGGAAGCGUCUCUGGUUUCUGUUUACGCUUAAUGACGAAGGUUAACCGGUAAAACGAUGCUUCGGUGGAUUCUUGGUAGUCGAGAAGCUCAGGGCUCCGUGGAGAAAAGCUCCGUGUUGUGCAUCGGAGAGGAACAGCCCAAAAACUGGUUCACUGAGCUGCAGGUGCUGAAAGGACAUUUUGACAUUGUUCGAUUUCUGGUGCAGAUUGAUGACUUCAGAUGUGCCUCAGCGGGCGACGAUGGCCUUGUUUUGGUGUGGAACGUGGAGACCGGGGAGAGGCUGCAGGAGCUGAGGGGCCAUUCCCAGCAAAUAACAGCCAUAACUACCUUCACCUGCAAUGAUGACCUCACGUCGCACACCUCGCUCAUCACAGCCUCCUCAGACCGAAGUCUCAGCCUGUGGGACCCUGAUACGGGCAACAGGGUUCAGACCAUUUCAGAUCUUCAGUCAUCUGUGAAGUGUUUGCUCGUGCUGGAGCGGCUGUGUGUGUUGGCCUCCGGCGGGGGAGAACUGUGUGUGUGGAACAAAGAAUUUGAGCUGCAGUGUCACAAACCCAACCACAGCGACACUGGAAUAACUGCUUUGAUAGAGCUGCCCAAGAACUGCAUAGCCGCUGCUAUGGAUAAAGAGAUCGUGAUCUACAGGCUGACAGUCUCCACUGAUUCUUCCAUGUCGGUGGCCGAGAUCCGCUGUCUGUCCGACCACCAGGACAGGAUUCGAGCUCUCAUCAACGUCAACGACGGGCUUUUCGCCAGCGGCUCCCAUGCGGGCGAGUUGAUCUUAUGGGAUGCGAUUGACUGGAACAUCCUGGCCUAUGAGCACAUCCUGUGGGAGGAGUCUCAAGCCAGCACUCAGGCCGAAAUCCGAUUGGCUGCUCCCAAACCCAGUGAGAUGUCGAUUCAGCAUCUGACCACCAACGGAAGGCACAUCCUUGCAGCUGUGGGCAGCGGCCUGUAUGUGUACAGCAUUCUGACCAAGACUGUGGUGGCUUACAGGAAGGUUGCUCACGACUCUAAUGUCCUGCACACCAUGCUGCUAUCUGACAGCGAGCUGAUGUCCUGCUCUGAAGAUGGCAGUGUGAGGAUGUGGGAGAUCCAGGACCUGCCUUUGCAUGCUGAACCAGCCUCUGCAGGCUUCUUUGGAAUGUGGACGUUCGGCCGGACACACAAACAGCCCGGUCCUCCGUCAAAGAAGGUCGUGGACGUCCCGAACAUCAGGACGCUCGAGUUGACGGGUGAUCUGAUCGGACACUCGGGGGCCGUCCAGAUGUUUGUGAGCUUUAGGGAGAACGGUUUGGUCACCUGCUCGACGGACCACCUGCUGAUUCUGUGGAAGAACGGAGAAAGGCAGUCGCACCUGCGCAGCCUGGCGCUCUUCCAAAAACUGGAGGAGAAUGAAGAACUCUGAACUUUUGAAACCCGUGAAGCCUCGAAAAAGCCGUCGGCUGAUGUCGGUCUUUGCUUUUACUGUAAUGAUUGUUUUCUCUGAAUGAUGAUGUCAUGGUUGUUGUUUUCUCUGAAUGAUGAUGUCAUGGUUGUUGUUUUGCCUUUUGACUGAAAGUAUUAACUUAAAAACACUCAGUAAAUAUCUUGUCCCAGAAACAA